ACCGUCUCCGCCGCCAUGGAGCCGCCGGCCCCCGCGCUCUCCGCCGCCGCCGCCGCCGCCGCCGCCACGGCGCCCUCCCUCGCAGCCGCGGCCGCCGCGCCGCCGUCCCACCACAGCUACCCGGACUCGGUGGACUCGUCCCCGCGCUCGCGCGCCGCCACCGAAUCCUGGGAUCCACCGUCCUCCGCCGCGGCGGACCCGCUCCCCCCGAAGCUCCGGCUGAUGUGCAGCUACGGCGGACACAUCGUGCCGCGACCGCACGACAAGUCGCUCUGCUACGUCGGCGGCGACACCCGCAUGGUCGUCGUCGACCGCAACGCGGCCUCCCUCUCCUCCCUCUCGGCCCACCUCUCCAAGACGUUGCUGAACAACCGGCCCUUCACGCUCAAGUACCAGCUCCCGAGCGAGGACCUCGACUCCCUCAUCACCGUCUCCACCGACGAGGACCUCGAGAACAUGAUCGACGAGUACGACCGCACCAUGGUCAAUUCCUCCGCCGCCGCCGCCGCGAAGCCCUCCCGGCUGAGGCUCUUCCUCUUCCCUUCCAAGCCCGAUUCCUCGCAGUCGAUCGGCCCGAUCCUCGAGUCCUCCACCAAAUCGGACGAUUGGUUCCUCAGCGCCCUCAACACGGCCGGCCUGCUCGGCAGGGCGUUCUCCGACUCGGCUCCGGCCAAUUGUCUCAUGAACUUGGACGAUGAAGUGGGGAUCAACAACGGCGAGACCAGCUCUCGAGAUGCGGACGGUUCUUCGUCGCUCGGCAACGAGAAGAGUGUGAAGCAGGCGCAGGAUGUGCACUCCGUGCCCGAUUCGCCGAUGCUGGAGACGACGUCGUCGUUCGGAUCGACUUCGUCCUCGCCAUCGAUUGCCAACUUGCCUUCGAUCCGUGUUCAGGUGGAGGAAAAUGUCAUGGGCGGCGGCAGCGGCGGCGGCGGCGGAGGUGGAGGGGUUAGGGUUAUGCUGGAUCAGAAAUUGGGGAUUGAGGAACAGUUUGCUCAGAUGGUUAUAGGCACUGGUGUUGUGCCGAAGCCAGAUGAUGGCCUUGGCAUGAUUUCCUCGCCACCCACGGUGCCGGCGGCGGCUGCGGUGACAGGCGUUCAUGUGGGCUCCGCGGCGGUUGUUCCUCCGGGAGAUUAUUCCAAUCGGGUAUAUUCCGAUGAUGAGAGAUCGGACCACGGUGUUCCUUUAGGGCUUCGGAAAUUGCCUCUGGCUCAGCAACAGCCUCAGCCUCCCCAGUCACAGCCAAAGCCUAGUGGAGUUUUUGAUUUGCCUUCCCCAGAUUCAGUUUCGAGUGAUGGUAGCUUGACGAACCCGCUAGCUCGUCCAAAACCUGUAAUAUAUCAAGACCAAGCUGUACAGAUGUCCUUGGGGAUCAAUCGUGGUCCGACCAAUGCAAUGGAUCCAAACUUUAAUAUCUCUGAGCAAAGCACUGGAGUCCAGCUACAACAGCAUAUGCAGGAUGCUAGGUAUGUAUUGCAAUCUCAGAUUGACCAACGACAACCACAGCAACAUCAACAACCACAGCAGCAGUUUGUGCAAGCUGGCUCACAUUACAUUCAGCACCAUCCCCAAGGCUCAAUGCCCGUCGCGGCCUACUACACUGUGUAUCCGUCCCAACAACAUCAGGUCCAGCAUCAUCAGAUUGAUCAGCACUACCCAGUGUACUAUAUGCCUGUGAGCCAACCCCAAGCCUAUAAUCUAUCAGCACAACAAAACAAUCCAAAUGAGGCUGCUACAGCAAAUCCUUCUAACCGCCCCCAAGCAACUCCAAACUCUGCUGUGCUUCCUCAGUCAGCAGCUUAUACUAACCCCAUACGAAACCCUCCUGGCGUUAAAACCGAUUUGGCUUCAAGUGUAUACAGAAUGGCUUCAGCAUCUGCUUCACCUCUGGUUCAAGUACCUGCAGGUCAGCAUCAACAACAGUAUGUUGGUUACUCGCAGGUCCAUCAUCCAUCUCAGUCAGUUGCUCCCUCUUCCGGUGCCCCAGCUACUUAUGGUUAUGAAUUUGCGAAUCAAGCUCCCGGGCAGAUCUACUAUGCUCAGCACUUAGCACCGUCAUUACCUUCUCAGUACCAAACCAUGACCGCAGCGAAUGCCGUUGGGCUGCCUGAAGCUUCGGGUCAACAUUCUGGUGACAGCAUGAAGCAGCAGAUGAGGACAUAACAGCCGUUAUAAAAAUCAGUUCAGAGAGAAGAAACAGUUUUGGAAGAAUGGGAUCAGUAUACCUUUUCAUUUUUGUUUUGAUUUUUUUCUAGCGUGUGUCUGUCUUGUUACCGUGAUUGGUUUGUGGUAUGUAACUGGGACGGGAAAAUAAGAACCUCAGCUCAAUACUUUUCUUUCGUGUGAUAUAUUGUUGUCAGUCAAGAAACAAAAGUGGUCUAAGUUAUCGGGAUGUAAAUGCUUGAACUUGCAGUCAUGCUGCUUCUCUCAAUUCCCUUUGGAAUAUAAAUUUCACAGUUGGCAAAUAA